AUGUGGCUACUUCUGCUGCUGGGUGCCUUGCUCUGGGCAGUGCUGUGGUUGCUCAGGGACCAGCAGAGCCUGCCCACCCGUGAUGCCUUCGUCUUCAUCACCGGCUGUGACUCAGGCUUUGGACGCCUUCUAGCACUGCGACUGGACCAGAAGGGUUUUCGAGUCCUGGCCAGCUGCCUGACCCCCUCAGGGGCAGAGGACCUACAGCAGGUGGCCUCCUCCCGCCUCCACACCACCCUGCUGGAUGUCACUGAUCCCCAGAGUGUCCAGCAGGCAGCCAAGUGGGUGGAGACACAUGUUAGGGAAGCAGGGCUUUUUGGUCUGGUGAAUAAUGCUGGUGUGGCUGGUGUCAUCGGACCCACACCAUGGCUGACACGGGAUGAUUUCCAUCGGGUGCUGAAUGUGAACACGUUGGGUCCCAUCGGGGUCACCCUUGCCCUGCUGCCCCUGCUGCAGCAGGCCCGGGGCCGGGUGAUCAAUAUCACCAGUGUCCUGGGUCGCCUGGCAGCCAAUGGCGGGGGCUACUGUGUUUCCAAGUUUGGCCUGGAGGCUUUCUCUGACAGCCUGAGGCGGGAUGUGGCUCCUUUUGGGAUACAAGUCUCUAUCGUGGAGCCUGGCUUCUUCCGAACCCCUGUGACCAACCUGGAGGGUAUGGAAAACGCCCUGCAGGCCUGCUGGACACGGCUACCUCCAGACACACGGGCCCACUAUGGGGAGGACUUCCUCACCAAGUACCUGAAAGUGCAGCGGCGCGUCAUGAAUCUGAUCUGUGACCCGGACCUAACCAAGGUGAGCAGGUGCCUGGAGCAUGCCCUGACAGCUCGUCAUCCCCGAACCCGCUACAGCCCAGGUUGGGACGCCAAGCUGCUCUGGCUGCCUGCUUCCUACCUGCCAGCCAGCCUGGUGGAUGCUGUGCUCACCUGGGUCCUUCCUAAGCAUGCCCAGGCAGUCUACUGAAUCCAGCCUUCUAGCAAGAGAUUGUUUUUCAAGGUUGUUAUUUCUGUCCUUGCCCGGUAGUGCCGGGUGCCUGGCACA